GUGCCCCGACGCGGUAAGGUUGCGGCGUCUUCAUUCCACGUGUUGUUUUUUUACUCUAAUCCCAGUUUUUGCUGAACCGCUUCGUUAUUCGCCCUGGAGCAUUUUUAUGCGCGCGUGCGCGUGGUGGAAUUCUAGUGAAGUGUUUUGUGUUUUUCAAGUCGCCGUCGAGAAUUGGAUUACCUUUUUUCGGAGGGGUAUGAACGUAGCGAGAUGACCAGAAUGGGUUCAGCCUCUCAAGGGGAGACCGUAGUGCGCCGCCUCGGCAAGCUCAACAGAGGCGGCAAGCAAGGGGCGCUCUACUCAGACUACUAUGAGGAAGAGAAAGAGGAGUCCCUGGGGCCACAGCAGCGCAGCAUCUCCCUGAGCGCUCUUCACACCGGGUCUGGAACAGGAACUGGAGCCCCUCUGGAACCAAGGAUGGCUCAGCUGGAAACGUUGGAGGCGAAGAUGGCUAGCAUAGAGGUCUCGCUGUCCACAACACCUCGGCGUAAGAAGCCUGCGAGUGCCGCCUCCACCCCCACACCUCCUGCCAACACCACCACCAACCUCUUCCGCUCCUCCAAGGAUGUCGCCCAAGAGUUGGAGAUGUUGAGGACCACGCUGAGAGACAAGGAGAAUGUCAUCCAUAGCCUGAAAGGUCAACUCUGCACGUCACUCAGCAUCAGCCGUUUGUCAGCCUCAUUCCUGCAGCGACAGGCGCAGUCCCACGGGCAGCCUCUGACAGAGCAGGAGCGACGUGCGGCUGAAGAUCGCCUGACGAGGCUCAGGGCUGAGUUGGACACUAAGAGACUGGCCAUCAAAAACAUCAAGUUGGCUUUGGAGCGACUGGAUAUCACUGACAACAUCGAUGUCCGGAUUCAGCAGGCUGAGCUGGAGUAUCAACUGGGCAGAGAGGAACUGAACCUGCUGACGAUACUGGAGGAGACCAGGAAUCUGCAGGCCGCUCUGGAGGAUACGGUGAACAACAGACAGUCGGCCACCAUCUUCAGCUAUGUCAAGGAUAGUUCAGCAGUGACGCUCCAUGCCGUCGAACUUGUCUACGAUCCCAAGAGUCCAAGGUUUGGGGCUGCACCACGAGAAGAUGGCUCCGGCCUCUAUGUCGACUGGGCCGCUGAGGACUCUGGACUCGUCAAGGGUGACAGGUUGCUGGAAGCGAAUGGAAAGCUUGUGCUGGCUAAGAGUAAAGAAGAGCUGCAGAAGCUACUGGCAGUGUCCCCUGACCCCGCUCAGCUAGUGGUGAUGCGUAGACAACCACCACAUCUGGAACAACUGAUGGCUUCUCUUCGUGCAGAGUUGGUCUGUGUACGUGCACAGGCCGGUGAGGCCGAGCGUUCCAGAGACACAGUGCGCAGUGACAACCUGCGGCUCACCCACCGGAUCUCCUACCUCGAAGAACAGGUCGCAGAGAUGUUAGAACGUUCCAGACCACAGAGUUCAGCGGCUUCGUCUACCUCCAGCGUUAAGUCUGCGCAGAACUCUUCGUCACCUAAACCAGAAGUGCAAGUCUUUCAGAAGGGUCCACAAGUGACAGCAUUGGUCGCGAACCUCCCAGGACUUGAGGUAGGGAAGAACGUGUCUGAACCUGUCCAAAAACUGCCCACUGUACGAAUGCAGGUGAAACCGACUGAAAAUGACAAACCAGAAUUGAUCAAACCCGUGGAGAAGAUCUCUACUUCCGAUACUGAAAAGAUUUACAGGUCCAAAAAGAAAGAUCUUCACACCGCCAGGAGUAUAAACUCCUUGGAUGUUGAAAGCUCAAUAUUUACCAAGUGCCAUAAAUAUAAUAAUAAUGUUGAGAAGAAGAUUUUGGAUUACAAUUCGGAAACAUCAAAUUCAGAAAGAAAAUCUCAUAGGAGGCAUUCAGAAAACCAUCAAGAACGUUUGGAACAGAGACAGAGGCACCUGCGGGAGGCAAGAACAUCGCUUUUUGAGUUUGUCGAGAAAGACAAACUCAAUGGCCUCAAUGGAAGAUUAGAUUUUGACUCCGAGCCAAGUUAUAAUCGACCCAGUUCCUGCCAGUUGACAACAAAACAUAGUGAUACUCUGAGCCAAAAAUCGUUGGAUUAUAGCUCCGAAUCUUCUUCGAGGUAUUAUAAAAAACACUCGGAUCCGAGAGUGAUGCGACCUGUUCCACCCAAGAAACCACUGAGACUGUCACUACACAGGGCGACAAGUCUACAAUCCGUGGAGACCUCCGCUGACAAGAAACCAAUGAAGAGGAACCACAAGGGAGAGAAUCCACAGGGAUUGCUGUGGCCUUCCGCAGUGGCAUCAUUGCACAAAGCUGCAACAUUACGCAGCAAAUCCAGCCUUGCAGAGAAAUGGUGUUGAAAUACACAAUGUCUGAUAGUUUUUAAACCAUAAUGGUGUUUCAAACAGAAUUAUCCACUUUUAAAGGUCACUGAGUUUUGGAUGGACUGAUGUUGAGUUUUAAAAUCAAAGUAUUUAAUUACAUAUAUGUAAUAAAAACAUAAAAUAUUCCGAAGUAUUAAAAAUUGUUUCCUUUGGACGCUUAAGAACACACCACACAGAAAAUGAGUCACUGUUGCUGCAAUUUAUCUCAUUUCAAAAUGAAUACAGGGUGUUUGUUCUAGUGGUCAAACGGCUAACUGUAGAUAUUUAGUUUAAAGUAUUUUUAAAUCUGUAAAAAUACAGGGUGUUCAAAAAACAGAGAGUUCCAUGUUCAAAUCUCAAAACUUCUAAAUGCAAACCACACCAUUUUGUUGUACAUCAUUUUAAAGGUGUUUAAUCCUAAACAUUUUGGCCAAAUGUCCUAAUUAAAUAUUUUCUUCAAAUGUUAGCAUACAAAGACCUUUAAAUGAUAUACUGAUAAUAUUUACCCAUACAAAUUAUUUUCCACAGACUAAUUCCAUUCUUUACAAGAAUGAUACAUCUUUUUAAACAUCAACUUUUAAGCAUGAAACUUUUAAGGUUGAUAAUUUUGUCAAGUCUGUUAAAUGUUUCGGUGAUAAUAAUGAAUGAAAGUGAAAUUGUAUUUUUAGUAUCUAAGUAAAACACUUUCUUGACUUAUAUAUCUUCUAGACCAUCUUGUAAUAAUGUAUCAAACAUUAUUUUAUAAUAGACAGCUAUUUUAUAAAUUUCCAAUCAUAUUUAAUGUAAAGAUUGAUAAAAAACGAGCAUUUAUUUUGUAGUUUUGUUAUCAUUGACAACUGUGCUGCAGAUACAAUUGUAUGAUGAAUGAGAAUGAAUAAUUUAUUACAGAUUUUAUACUUGUAAUUCUGAAAUGUAUAAACUAUACAUUUCAGAAUUUUUAAUGGAAGUAUGCUAACAUCAUUGUUUAUUUCAAUGGCCGAAUAUGGUUUUGCAGACUUAUUGUUUUUUAUAAUGUGAUUACCUUUUAGCUGAAUUAUAAUGCAUUAUUUUACAAAUUAAAUUAAGAAAAAAGACCAUAUGUAGAAUACAUGUAAAUAUCUAGAAUAGAUAAACAAUAAUUACUACAUAAGCCCCUCCUUGUGACUAAGGAGUUUUAAAACAAUUCCUUAAAUCAUUAUUCCUUCGUAAUUGUGUUAUAUUUAGUUGUUUAAGCCAUCUUUUAUUAUUUUGUUUCAGAGUUUUUGUUGCAAAAAUGUUGCUUUAAAAAUAUUUAUGUAAAUAUUUUUAAAAUAAAUGUUAAUUUAUACAGUACA